UCUUAUCCUCUUUCUCUUCAACCUCACAGACCUUUCUCUCUCUCUAUCUAUCUGAAUCCCUUUGUUACUCUCUGGAUCUGUCAGAGUGUAAUGACCUGAGGUGACGAAACGAAGGUUGAAGACAGCUGGCGAGGGUAUAAAUAGAGAGGAAGAACUGAUUGUAGCUAAUUUUUGGCAUCUAUUCAGUAAACUGUCGAGAGUAGUUAGACAAUAGCUGUAUUUCUUCUUUCCCCUGUAAAAACUCUGCUUCUCUACUUCGCUGGAAAUAAAACACCGAUCCCCAUUCUUUACACAGAGCCGAGGGCUUUUCUCGCCAUUCUCGUUCAUUCCUUCAUCCAUCCAUGUAGAGCCUUUGGUUUCCUCGACCUGGCCGUCAAAUCUCUCGGGUCGCGUGGAUAGAACUUGGGUUAGGCGGAAAAAUGGACGGGUCGUUCUUUGAUCUGAUGGAGUUCUUGAAGAAACCCUCCAUUACCGAAACAUUCGUCGAUAUUUUGCUCUGUGCCGUGCCGAUAUGGCUGGCCGUCAUGAUCGGGAUCCUGAUCGGCUGGUUGUGGCGCCCAAGGUGGACCAGAUUGGUUUUCCUAGGGUUACGGAGCCUCCGGGGUUCGGCGCCCAGCGUCUCUGGUUGGCGUUCACGGCUCUGUCGGCGUUCUCUGUUUGCCGCACCAUCUGGUAUAAUUUCAAAGGCAAAAGGGAGAAGUCAGUUGCGGCUGCUGCUUCUUCGUCUGCGUCGACAGCUAGAAGCCCGGAGGCAUUUUCUGAUUCUGCUAGAGGGUGCCAUACCCGAGCUUGCAGAAGCGGGACAAGCCAAGACGUGUUGACCUGUAUUUUUCCAGUUGGGCAAUUAGGCCAGUUGAAUCUCGGAAAGGAGAUGUGCAUAUGUCAGCAUGUGAAGUGGUCCUCGUGCACUACGAGGACAUGGGGAUCCCAAAAGACGUGGCGAAACUAGGACUACAUCAUGGAAUGUGGGGGCAGUGAAGAAGCUGCAUUCCGGGAUGUGUGCAUACCAGAAUGCCCGAAAAGCAGCAGCAGAUGGUUCAUCGUUGUCCAAAUGCGCAGCCAUGGCCAAUAUCACCACCAAAGUUACUCUCGAUAAGAACACAGCCGAGUUGUCCUCAUCAGAAGGAGGUAGUGCUGAUGAAGGAAGCAAAAGCAGAGUGGUGGAGGGGAAAGGAAUGCAGAACAAGGAUCGUCAUGGGAUUGAUUGGAAAUGGAUAGUGUUAGGCGGGGCGGUGGCUGUGGUAUGUGGGGUGCGCUCGGGCGCAAUUGGGAAGGCCUUGCUGCUCGGUGCAGGGCAAGGAUUUGCCAGGAGGUGACUUCGACUGAAGGAUUUCUGGAGAAAAAAAUUAACCGUAUAUGUAUACACAAUCCACCCCACCCAUAUACGUCAUAUCUGCAUAGCCGAAGAAGGGUUUCUUUCGGUCGAGAUGAUUUUCGUGAGGUAUUGAAGUUGAUCAUUCUCAUGAGUGACAGCAUGAUGCAUAGAGGUGGUAGAUUUCCCUCCAUUUGAUCCUAUUGUUGCAUUUGCUUUUGUGUGGUUGAUGUAAAAUGCAAGUAGGUGGAAUAGGAACGAUGUAUCAUAGAAAGGAGAAUCUCUUUGAUAGACACAAUCUCAAACAAGCUCAUCAAGUUAGGUCUGAGAAAUUCCAUAAUAUACAAUUUCACAAGAAUGAUUGCAUCGAAUU